AUGGCGGACCAAGCCGACAUCUCGUUCGUGUAUCCUCCAAGCAAAGGCGAAGAGCGUAAUGCAUGUAUCGCAAUAGACCCCCCUGGCUUCCACAUACGCCACCCUCCGCUGCCACAUGUUUUGAAAGAUUUCAUCACUCACGACAGCCUGCUGUUCGAAACCAUCCACAUGGGACCGGCUGUCGUGGACGAAUCAAAGUGGUUGCUAGUCAUUGACGGUCUUGUACAACGGCCAUUCGCAAUUACCCUGCCUCAAUUAAAACAGUUUCCCAGGACAACUGUCACAGCCUUCCAUGAAUGCUACGGCAGCCCACUCACGCCUCCAGAGAAGGCCCUCUGGCGCAUCGGCAAUGUCACCUGGACGGGCGUCAAACUAAAGACACUCCUCGAUAUUGCCACGCCACUGCCCACCGCAUCUUUCAUCUGGUCCGAAGGCCUCGACCACGGCGCCUUCGCCGGUGUCGAAGCGGACCGCUACCAGAAGGACCUGCCGAUGGAUAGAGCGCGCGACAGCAGCCCCUGUGCCGACGUGCUGGUCGCGUAUGAGAUGAACGGCGCGUCACUGCGCAGGGAGCGCGGCGGGCCGGUCCGCCUUGUCGUACCCGGCUGGUUCGGCACGAACAUGACGAAGUGGCUCUGUCGGCUCUCGGCACAGGCGGUGCGCGCACCCUCCCCUUUCACAACACGCUGGUAUAAUGAGCGUGUUGUGCUUUCUGCGGGUGUUGAUGGGACGUCAGGGGAGGGUGGUGAUGAUGUUGCGGUGGAGGUGCGGCCGGUGUGGGCGGUGGAGCCGAACUCGAUGAUAGUGGACCCACCGCCGGACACGCGGGUGCUCCUGUUGACCGGUGAUGAUGCUGGUGGAGGCAGCAGAAACGCGAAUGUGGAGGUUAGUGGAUGGGCGUGGAGUCAUGACGGGGUCGCAAGGGUGCGGGUCAGCGCCAAUGACGGCGUCGACGGCAGCUGGGUUGACGCGGAUGUGGCGGAGCGCGUGGAUUACAGCUGGCAGGCGUUUCGGGUGAAGCUCGCGCUGCCAGUCGGGAAACUGUUUGCGAACAUGGCGCCUCGAUCAGAGGAGGCUGCGGCGUGGUUUGCAGCGGUGUAUCAGGCAGUACAAGAGGUGCCUCGAGGCAGGGUCACGUCGUAUGGGCACAUCGCACGGCUCGUGGGCAGGCCGGAGUGCCCUAGGCAGGUCGGUGUCUGUCUCAAGCACCUUCCCUCGCCGAGCGACACCGAGGAGGCCGGCGGCGACGACGGUGAUAGCGGCAGCAGAGGCGGACCGAGAUGGCAUAGCGGCAAUGUGCCAUGGCAGCGCGUCAUCAACUCAAAGGGCGUCAUCAGUCCGAGGGGCCCGGGAGGUGCCAGCCGACAAGCAGCAGCUCUGCGUCGCGAAGGGAUCCACGUGGGCCGAGGCAGCUUAGGCGAAUACCUCGUCGACUUCUCAGCGUACGGCUGGUUCCCCAGCGAGCUGCCCAGCGAAGCAGCGGCUGGGAUCGAGGACAGCGACAGCGAUGCAUCUCGUGAGGGGCACGGAGAGACGGCGGCUGCAGCUGACGAGUGA